AUGGAAUCCGUGGCUUCCAAUGAGCAAACACGUCUACGAAUCAAAGUUGCUUGUGAAGAAUGUCGAAAGAAUAAACGAAAGUGCCAAGGCCAGAGACCAACAUGUGCUUUAUGUGAGAAAGGAGGGAAGCUGUGCUAUUACCCCCCAGAGACCUCACGAAAACGUAAACAUCGUGAUGACAGCUAUGUCCGUAGUCUCGAAGACAAAGUGAAAGCUUUGGAGGCCCAGUUGGCAAAUUACCAAAGUUCGGAGCCUCAAUCUCAACACAAUGAAGAAUAUAUGGGCCAUGAGAUCUUGCCUGUACGCAGUCCUGCUACCACGAGUUCUCUUACUUAUGAGUCUGAGGCCAUAACCCCAGAGAGCAUUGAUGAGCCCAAUGAUCCGCGCUCGCAGGUUGCAAUGAAGGAGCUUGCUUCAUUGAUGUUAACCAUGGAUAUCGAGGAGAAAGGUGAACCGUCAUUUACCAUCCCAAGGAACAAGUCCUCCUCUAGACAAAAUUCUGUUUCAAACGAGAACUUGAAUCCUGAUACUAGCAGUCAUGAUACAGACUUAGGCAAGAUUGGAUUCUACACAGAAACACGAACGCAUCUCGUUGAAUGUUUCAUGGCUGCAUUCAAUAUUUAUCAUCAAUUUAUAGAACAAGGAGAGCUUCAAACCAUUCUAUUGGAGACCACAUUCUCAACAGAGCUGGAUUUUGACUUUCGUAAUCAUGCUUUACUUUCCGUGGGUGCCUUUCUUUCUCCAAAGUCGGAUGCAAAGAAGUUGAGUAUUCACCAUGCCACGUCUGCUGAGAACAUCCUAUUGAGAUGUAUACGGGAGCAUCCGAGUGACUUGGUUGUUCAAGGACUUGCAUUGUUAUCGUGGCGAGAGUUGAUGCUGGAGAAUAAUAGCAUGGCCUACACUUACAUAGCUAUGGCCACAGGCUUGAUAUUGCAUCUUGGGCUUCAUGUGAGUAACCUCGGACCAGGGAAGUUGCCAGACUUGACUUUGAAUCGCAAUUCCACGGUCGAUGACUAUGUUCGUAAACGCCGAAUAAGGUCAUUUUGGGCUUAUUUUUCGGUGGAUCGCAUGGUAAGCUCAAGUCUCGGGAUGAAUUGCACCAUACACUGGCAACGCAUUCGAAUAUCCUCAUUCUUCAGCGUCUUGGAUCAUAACCCGUCACCUGAUGAAUUAGCUCAUGAUAAGUUCUGCCAGCUAUGGCAUCUUUGGGACUCUUUCAUGGACCAAAGGUAUGCGUUCGAGUGGACCGGUUUGAAAGCCAAGCAACGACAAAAUCUUUUGAAGCGCGCGCAUCAAGCACUCACAGAUUUCUAUGUCGGUACCGAUGAUAAGCUAGCUCUGAGUAAGACUUGCAUGCCUCAAACUUUCCUUCUUUUCCAGUUGGCAUAUCACACUGCAAUAUUGCUCAUUCAUCGUCCCUUUUUAAAUGAGCCUAAAGGCUCGGAAACUCUGAGCUUUGCUUUGAGAUCAGCGACAAACGCCGCUGCCUCGAUAGCUCGAAUUGUUCGAGCAUAUCGAAAACUUCGUGGUUUCGCUGAUGCCAAUCCUCAAGUCAUAGAUUACAUCCUUAGUGCUGCCGUAAUACAUUUAUUGAAUGCAACUUCUGGUCGCAACUUUCUAGGGAGGCAAUCUGCCAAUAGCCUGCAAAGUUGCUUGGAUGCUCUAGUCGAGAUGCAGACUACGUGGAUGCCACAAGCAAGCAGAGCGAUACAGGAAAUCCAAGAGCUUGCAGCCAAAUGGAAAGUAGUCUGGGCAUUACCAUUAAAAUUCAGCCAGCGCCUACCAGAAAAGGAAAUUCGUCAAGACUGCAGUCGAAUUAUGGUACCGAUGCAAGAAUUUUCAAAUGUCCUUACUGGUGGCGCUCAAAUACCCCAUGGAUUUGAGAUAGGUGAAGUUGCGAACAGGUACAUAUAUACUGGUUUCAAUAAUGACUGCGUGGAUCCAAGCUUGUUUGAAAAUGCUUUGGAGCAUGUCAAUCUACCUGAACAUAUUGCGUAUCAAUCAAGUCUUGAGUGGCUUUUCGACGAAAGCAAUCCUGGUCUGCAGUAG